AUGGAGAGCAAAGCCAAAGAAACGGAGGCGGAUGGGGGAAAAUACGUCGCCCUGGGGCAGGACGAGCUCGCCCUUGAGCAUCAGAAGGAGCACGUGCGACCAUCAGCUUCCGAGACAGAUGAAAGCGACCAAGAAGAGGCCAUGGGGUUGCUGGAUCAAAGUGUCGUCGCUCGGACGAAGCGACACUGUGGUGCUACCCGACGUUGCUCUGUAUACCUGGAAUUCGCCCUCUUCGGCGUAGUCUUGACCAUCGCCUUGUUUGCCGCUCUCAUUUGGACAAAACAGCCUCGCCGCACACACGCGGAUGGAAUGGGAGAUCACGAUCGGCGACCUCAGGAAAAGUAUGUGUUGGACCCAAACUGGAACUUCGACGAGGCGCCGCGUGUCCGAGAAUACCACUGGACCAUCAAAGAUGUUGAGCUCCGGCCAGACGGAGUGAGGCGACCCAUGAUGACCAUCAACGGCGAAUUCCCAGGCCCGAUGAUCGAGUGCAAUGAGGGCGACACGAUUCUUGUCGAAGUGCACAACGCCGCGGUUAACUCGACGUCGAUCCACUGGCACGGGCUCUUCCAGAACGGCACAAACUUUAUGGACGGAACAGUCGGCAUCACACAAUGUCCGAUAGCACCCGGAUCCAGUAUGAAGUAUAGAUUCAGCACCGGCAACCAGUCCGGCACGUACUGGUACCACGCGCACAUGGCCAUGCAGGGCUCGGACGGACUCUUCGGGCCUCUGAUCGUCCAUUCGAGAGCGGAAAAGAAGCUGCAGCAACUUGAGUAUGCAUCGGACCGAGUAGUCAUGGUUCACGAUCACUACCACGACUUGACGGGCGCGCUGAUGCCCCACUACCUGGCACCGGACAACGAAAACGCGGAGCCAGUCCCAGACGGAGGGCUGAUCAACGGGGUGAACAAGAGGGACUGCAAUGCUAUUCACGGCCGCGACUGUGACAGCACAGCUGCUGAAAGGGCUGUUUUCGAUCUUGAAGAGAACAGACACCACCGCCUGCGUAUCAUCAACACUGGUGCGUUUGCUGAGUUCCAGGUCAAGAUCGACGAGCAUAUCUUUGCAGUCACAGAAGUUGAUGGGACGGACGUGGCCCCGGCAUAUUACCACAGACUGAACAUCAAUCCCGCACAGCGGUAUAGCAUUGUUAUCAACACUAACAUCACGGACCGACGCUCUUUCUGGCUGAGGGCAAAAAUGGUGACAGGCUGCUUCGCAGAGGAAAAUGCCAAUCUCGAGGAAGAAGUGAGAGCAAUCAUUAGAUACACGCCAGGCGGCGACAACGAGGAGCCGACGAGUAGCGAUUGGGAUGACCAGGUGGACAUGCAAUGCCUCGACAUGAACACUACAGAGCUCCGACCCGUGGAGGAGAUCACGCCGCCGGCGCCGGACACGACGAUUCAUCUCCGCGCAAACUUCGAGAUCGGCAACUGGAGGCUGAGCCGCGGCUUCUUCAACAGUUCCUCGUGGCGGCCUACCUUGUCCUCUCCAACGCUCCACCGAUACACGAGCGGCAACGAGAGCUUCCGCCCGUCGCCCGAAAGCCCGGCCAAGAUCAACGACGUCGGCUUCGACACGGGCGUGGAGCUCGUCUACGAGACGACGGGCAUCCAGACGGUCGACGUGCUCGUUUCCAACUUCGACGACGGCAACCACCCGCUCCACCUGCACGGCUACAAGUACUUCGUGCUCGCCUCGGGCCACGGCUACCCGCCCGCAGACCUGUACGGGAGGCUCGACACAUCCAACCCGCUGCGGCGAGACACGGCUUCGAUCGAGGCCUUCGGCUGGAUCCUUCUGCGCUUUGUGGCCGACAAUCCGGGGGUUUGGGCGUUCCACUGCCACAUCGGCUGGCACACCGAGGCCGGCAUGCUCAUGCAAUUCGCCACGCGCAUCGACUCCGCUGUCGGCAUGCAGAUCCCGGAUGAGCAGCGUGACCUGUGCCGCAACGACGGGCUGGAGAAGGGCGCCUCCCCUCCGGAUUCGACCUGGUUCGGCGACUUUGGGGAUCUCGAAUGA